CAGGUGCUACCACAUCUCGUUUCCGAUUCACUCUAACUCCAAACAUGCCCGUUACUGCUUAUAGCCAUACUAAAAUAGAAGAAGUAGGCUGCGAAGGAAUGAAAGAUUCGGCAAAGAAUCUUAAAAAGGGAAAAGAAGAUAAUGAUUAUUUAGUUUGGAACAAAAAAAUACCCAACACAGAGCUGGAAAAAUUCAAGAAGAUCAUUGAAGAAAAAUAUGGUUUACGCUUUGAAUCCUAUCGGGAUUUACAUGAAUGGAGUGUAACGAAUUUCUCCAACUAUUGGGAAGAAGCAUGGAACUACUUAGGAUUGGUUGCUUCAAAGCCCCACGAUGAGGUUUUCGUGAAGACUGGUCCAGGAUUUUUAGACAACGAAUGGUUUACAGGAAUGGCAUUCAAUUACGCUGAAAAUAUUCUGAGGAUAAGGGACAACAGAGAAGCUCUGAUAUACUUAGAUGAGGAUGGCAAUAUUGAAAAGGUAACAUUCGCUGAAAUGUUCCAAGAAGUGAAAUUAUACGCUGCUGCUUUUAGGAAGCAUGGAUUGCAGAAAGGAGACCGAGUAGCUUGUUACAUGUCAAAUAGAAAAGAAGCAAUUUUUGCUUUUCUAGCCACGACAAGCAUUGGAGCCAUUUGGGGCGGACCUCAGCCAUUCUAUGGAGAAAGAGCUGCCACGAACAUUGUCAGCAAACUCGAAGCUAAAUUUUUAAUUGCAGUGGACAGAUUUCUGGAUAAUGGGGAAGAAUACAAUGUUUUCGAUAAUUUACCCUUCAUCGCUGAAAACUGCCCUUCACUGGAAAGAAUUAUUAUUGUACCAACAGUCAGCGAAACAUUAGCGAGAGAUAUAUCACAUAUUCCAAACAGCUGUUUCCUGGUGUCUUUUCUGGAAAGCGGAAAAUCAAGCAAUGGAGAAGUUCCGGACAUCGUUUUCGAGCAACUUCCUUUCAAUCAUCCCAUCUCGGUCAGUUUCACGUCGGGGACGACGGGCCUGCCGAAAGGUCCAGUGCAUGCAGCCGGAAGUCUUCUUGGUACCUUGACUCAUUUUGCAUUGCAUUGGGACCUAAAAAGUGGUGAUACUGUUCAUAGUUUCUAUCCAAUGGGAUGGAGUGUGUGGAACUAUUUUGUCGCCUGCAUGUCGCUUGGCGUCAAACUGCUUCUUCAUUCCGGCUUUCCAUAUGGCAUGAAAGAUGGUUAUAAUGUCUGGGACGUGAUCUCCGAAUAUAAAGUAUCGUUCAUUUUCUUAGUAACCAGCUUAGUUGACAAGCUGGAAAAGAUAAAAGCAGCCCCAAGACCAUCAAAUACCAACUUUGGACACUUAAAAGCGAUUGCUCUAGGAGGUUGCGCAGUCAAAGUACAAAAUUACAAAUACAUUCAAAGUAUUGUCAAAGAUGAUGUGUUAAUUUCAUGCUUAUAUGGUGCCACAGAAACAUUAUUACCCUUCUCUGGAAAUGAUUAUAACUUGCCUGUUUAUGCUGCUGAAGCUCAGGUACCAUCGCUCGGAGUUAAAUACCAGUGUGUAGAUGCUGAAGGUCGCCCAGUUGUUGGUCGUCAAGGAGAAUUCAUAUUAACUGUUCCGUAUCCGGCUUUGCCACUUGGUUUGUGGAAAGAUGAAAAUAACGAAAUACUUACGAAGACCUAUUUUUCCCAAUUUCCAGGUGCAUGGUUUCAGCAUGAUUCUUGCUACAUCAAUCCCAAAACUAAUGGACUCGUACUCAAAGGGAGAAGUGAUGAUGUACUGAUUCAGAAUGGGGAACGAUUCGCAUCAGGCGACAUUUACUUUGCAAUUCAUGACAUUGAAGAGAUCCAAGAUUAUAUUUGUGUUGGACAAACAAUGCCAAACGGAGACAACAGAGCUAUUCUCUUUCUCAAAAUGAGAAACGGAUACAAAUUCACCCCUGAAUUUAAACAGAAAGUUGUAAACAAAAUUUCAAAUGAGCUUUGGAUAGAUUAUGUUCCUCAAGUCAUCCUGGAUGUUCCAGACAUUCCUUAUAACGUGAACAAUAAAAGAAUGGAAAGCGUAGUUCAAAAGAUAGUGCAGACCAAUCAGGUGCCAACUGUCUCGAACAUCAAGAAUCCUCAAUGCUUAAAGAAUUUUUGCAGUAGGCCCGAAAUCACAAAUCCUGAUCAAAUAUAAGAUGAUUAAGAGGUACACGCGUGCAAGAAAAUCCAUGAUGAAUGGAACGUACGCAGCUUAUCCACUUUUGAUACCACUUUUUAAAAUUCUUCUACUGCAUUUUUAUUUAAUUAUUUUCCAUAGAGGAAUAAACAUAAUUUUUUUGUGUGUGUAUGAUGUAUUUACAAAUAAAGCUUGAUUAUUUAUAAUAUUUUAAA